UGCCCGGAGCCGGAGGGAGCGCAGCGAGCGGGCGAGCGAGCGCUGGGAGCCCGGUUCAGCAGAGGGGGCGCCCGGCCGCCGCUUACGCUCGGGCUGGUCGUCUUCCCGGCGCUGCGGGGCCCGAAGGGAGCAAAAGGCGAACGAAGAGUCCGGGAGGGGAGCCCGCGGGGGAGGCGCCGGUCCCGCUCCUCCGUCUCCCGGGUCAGCCGGGGAGCGCUCGCUGACCGCCCCGCCGGCCCCGAGCCCACAAGCCCGGUCCCCGCUGUCCCAGGGAUGGUCUAGGAGCCUGCGAGGGGCUAGGCGCUGCGUUCCGUUCCCGGGCUCUCCUGCCUCCUGCCUCCCGCUCCCGGCUGCGCGCCCGGCCGGCCCAGGCCGGAGAAGUUAGUUGUGCGCUCCGCUUAGCGCGCGAGCCAGCGGGCGGGCGAGGGCAGCGAGGCGCUGGGACCAUGGGCUGGGGCUGGGGGAGUCGCCGCUGCCACCCGGGACGGCAGGACCUGCUGUGCGUGCUGGCGCUGCUCGCGGGCUGUCUGCUCCCAGUGUGCCGGACGCGCGUCUACACCAACCACUGGGCGGUGAAGAUAGCCGGCGGCUUCGCCGAGGCCGACCGCAUCGCCAGCAAGUACGGAUUCAUCAACGUAGGACAGAUUGGCGCGUUGAAGGACUACUAUCACUUCUACCAUAGUAGGACCAUUAAAAGGUCUGUUCUUUCGAGCAGAGGAACCCACAGUUUCAUUUCAAUGGAACCAAAGGUGGAGUGGAUCCAGCAGCAAGUGGUGAAGAAACGAACGAAGAGGGAUUAUGACCUCAGCCACGCCCAGUCCACCUACUUCAAUGACCCCAAGUGGCCAAGUAUGUGGUACAUGCACUGCAGCGAUAACACGCAUCCCUGCCAGUCAGACAUGAAUAUUGAAGGGGCCUGGAAGAGAGGCUACACGGGGAAGAAUAUCGUGGUGACUAUCCUGGACGACGGCAUCGAGAGAACCCACCCUGAUCUGAUGCAAAACUACGAUGCUCUGGCAAGUUGCGAUGUGAACGGGAAUGACUUGGACCCGAUGCCUCGUUAUGAUGCAAGCAAUGAGAACAAGCACGGGACCCGCUGUGCUGGAGAAGUGGCAGCCGCUGCAAACAACUCUCACUGCACCGUUGGAAUCGCUUUCAACGCGAAGAUCGGAGGUGUGAGGAUGUUGGACGGUGAUGUCACAGACAUGGUGGAAGCGAAGUCUGUCAGCUACAAUCCACAGCACGUGCAUAUCUACAGUGCCAGCUGGGGUCCAGACGAUGAUGGCAAGACUGUGGAUGGGCCGGCUCCCCUCACCCGGCAAGCCUUUGAGAACGGUGUGAGAAUGGGGCGGAGAGGUCUUGGCUCUGUGUUUGUGUGGGCAUCCGGCAAUGGCGGAAGGAGCAAAGACCACUGCUCUUGCGACGGCUACACCAACAGCAUCUACACCAUCUCCAUCAGCAGCACGGCCGAGAGUGGAAAGAAACCUUGGUACUUGGAAGAGUGUUCAUCUACCCUGGCCACAACCUACAGCAGUGGAGAAUCCUAUGACAAGAAGAUAAUUACUACUGACCUAAGGCAGCGAUGCACGGACAAUCAUACUGGGACAUCAGCCUCAGCUCCCAUGGCUGCUGGCAUCAUUGCCCUGGCCCUGGAAGCCAAUCCGUUUCUGACCUGGAGAGACGUACAGCAUGUAAUUGUCAGGACUUCCCGUGCGGGACAUUUGAACGCUAAUGACUGGAAAACCAAUGCUGCUGGUUUUAAGGUGAGCCAUCUGUAUGGAUUUGGACUGAUGGAUGCGGAAGCCAUGGUGAUGGAGGCAGAGAAGUGGACAACUGUUCCUCAGCAGCACGUGUGCGUGGAGAGCACGGACCGACAAAUCAAGACCAUUCGCCCCAACAGUGCAGUGCGCUCCAUCUACAAAGCCUCCGGCUGCUCGGAUAAUCCUAACCAUCACGUCAAUUACCUGGAGCAUGUAGUCGUGCGUAUUACCAUCACACACCCUCGGAGGGGAGACCUGGCCAUCUACCUGACCUCACCCUCAGGAACCAGAUCCCAGCUUUUGGCCAACAGGCUAUUUGAUCACUCUAUGGAAGGGUUUAAGAACUGGGAGUUCAUGACUAUUCAUUGCUGGGGAGAACGGGCGGCUGGUGACUGGAUCCUUGAAGUGUAUGAUACUCCAUCUCAGCUGAGGAACUUCAAGACCCCAGGUAAAUUGAAAGAAUGGUCCUUGGUCCUCUAUGGCACAUCCGUACAGCCAUACUCCCCAACCAACGAGUUCCCCAAAGUAGAACGCUUCCGCUAUAGCCGAGUGGAAGACCCCACAGAUGACUACGGUGCUGAAGAUUAUGCAGGUCCCUGUGACCCUGAAUGCAGCGAGGUUGGUUGUGAUGGACCAGGACCAGACCACUGCAGUGACUGUUUACACUACUACUAUAAGCUGAAAAACAACACCAGAAUCUGUGUCUCCAGCUGCCCUCCUGGCCACUACCAUGCUGACAAGAAGAGGUGCCGGAAGUGUGCGCCCAACUGUGAGUCCUGCUUUGGCAGCCAUGGUGAUCAGUGCCUAUCUUGUAAAUAUGGCUACUUCCUGAACGAAGAAACCAGCAGCUGCGUUACUCAGUGUCCUGAUGGCACAUACCAGGAUACCAAGAAAAAUGUUUGCGGGAAAUGCAGUGAGAACUGUAAGGCAUGCACUGGAUUUCACAACUGCACAGAGUGCAAGGGCGGAUUAAGCCUUCAGGGAUCCCGCUGCUCUGUCACCUGCGAGGAUGGACAGUUCUUCAGCGGUCACGAUUGCCAGCCCUGCCACCGCUUCUGUGCCACCUGCACUGGGGCCGGAGCAGAUGGGUGUAUUAACUGCACUGAGGGCUAUGUCAUGGAAGAGGGAAGGUGUGUACAGAGCUGCAGUGUGAGCCAUUAUCUGGACCAGUCUUCAGAGAAUGGAUACAAAUCCUGCAAGAGAUGUGAUAACAGCUGUUUGACAUGCAAUGGCCCAGGAUUCAAAAACUGUUCCAGCUGCCCCACUGGGUAUCUUUUAGACUUAGGAACGUGUCAGAUGGGAGCCAUCUGCAAGGAUGGAGAAUAUGUUGACGAGCAAGGCCACUGCCAAGCCUGCGAAGCCUCAUGUGCCAAGUGCAGGGGACCAACUCAGGAAGACUGUACCAGCUGCCCCAUGACAAGGGUUUUGGAUGAUGGUCGCUGUGUUUUGAGCUGUCCCUCAUGGAAGUUCGAAUCUAAGAAGCAAUGCCAUCCGUGCCACCAUACUUGCCAAGGAUGCAAAGGAAGUGGGCCUUCGAACUGCACCUCCUGUAGGCAAGACAAGCAUGGUCGGGAGCGCUUCCUGUACCAGGGUGAGUGUUGGGAGAACUGCCCUGUGGGCCAUUAUCCUGCCGAGGGACGUGCCUGCUUGCCCUGCCCGGACAACUGUGAGCUUUGCUCCAACCCACAUGUCUGCACUAGAUGCAGGAGCAGCUACUUCAUCACCCCCGCUGACCACACCUGCCGGAAGCUGGAGUGCGGACAAGGUGAAUUCCAGGACUCUGAGUAUGAAGAAUGCAUGCCUUGUGAGGAAGGAUGUCUGGGAUGCACCGUGGGUGAUCCGGGAGCCUGCACCUCGUGCGCUGCAGGAUAUUACAUGUUUGAGCAGCGCUGCUAUAAAGCCUGUCCCGAGAAGACCUUCCGCGCGGAACGGGAAUGCAGGGCCUGCGGCACUAACUGUAGCAGCUGCGACGAGCACGAGUGCUACUGGUGUGAGGAGGGCUUCUUUCUCUCAGGUGGCAGCUGUGUGCAGGAUUGUGGCCGUGGCUUCUAUGGAGACCAAGCAUUGGGAACGUGUGAGCCUUGCCACCGAGCCUGUGAGACUUGCACAGGAUUGGGCUACAACCAGUGCAGCAGCUGUCAAGAAGGGCUGCAGCUGAGAAAUGGGACUUGUGUCUGGCCCACCUGGUCCCAGGUUGAAAGCAAGGUCUGGACUGAAGCUGUGCCCACUGAAAAGCCAUCUUUGGUGAAGAGCCUGCUGCAGGAGCAAAGAAGGUGGAAAGUUCAAAUGAAAAGAGAAACAACGAGGCAGGAUCAACCUUGUGAUUCUUCUUGUAAAACCUGCAAUGGAUCUGAGACUCUCUGCACUUCAUGUCAUACAGGUACAUACCUCUUCGGGCAGGCCUGUGUUCACUCCUGUCCCCAGCACACAUGGCCCUCGGUCAGGAGCGGCCGCUGUGAAAACUGUGCCGAGGGCUGUGCCUCUUGCUCUGGAGCUGACCUUUGCCAAAAGUGCCUGAGUUCACCGGACAACGCCCUGGUUCUCCACGAUGGCAGGUGCUACCACAGCUGCCCAGAGGGCUUCUAUGCAAAAGAUGGUGUUUGCGAACACUGUAGCUCCCCUUGCAAAACAUGUGAAGGAAAUGCCACCAGCUGCCUCUCUUGUGAAGGAGACUUCGUCCUAGACCAUGGGAUGUGCUUGCAAACUUGCCCUGAAAAACACGUGGCCAUGGAAGGAGUCUGCAAGCACUGUCCAGAGAUGUGCCAGGACUGCAUCCAUGAAAAAACUUGCAAAGAAUGCAUGCCUGGAUUCUUCCUAUAUAAUGACAUGUGCCAUCAGUCCUGUCCCAAACACUUCUAUCCUGACUUACGCCAGUGUGUCCCCUGCCAUGAAAACUGUCUGGAGUGCAGUGGUCCCAAGGAGGAUGACUGUGCUGUCUGUGCUGACACUUCCAAAGUUCUCUACAAGGGGUUGUGUUUGGAUGUGUGCCCUGAGGGAACCUACGAAGAAGAAGAGAAUGAUGAAUGCAAAGAUUGUCCUGAGUUCUGCCAGACCUGCUCAUCAGCUUGGACCUGCCUGUCCUGUCAGGAAGGCCUGACAAUGGUGCAUGAUGUCUGCACAGCACCCAAGGAGUGUGCAGCCAUUGAGUACUGGGACAAGGGCUCUCACAGGUGCCAGCCAUGUCACAGGAAAUGCUCCCGCUGCUCAGGGCCUGCUGAGGACCAGUGCUAUAGCUGCCCUGGAGAGACUCUUCUUCUCAACACGACUUGUGUGAGAGCCUGCCCAGAAAGCUACCACGCUGACAAGGACGGCCACCAAUGUGUGCCCUGCCACAGCUCUUGCCGGACCUGCGAAGGCCCACACAGCAUGCAGUGCAGCUCCUGCCGACCUGGCUGGUUUCAGCUGGGCAAAGAGUGCUUGCUGCAGUGCAGGGAUGGAUAUUAUGGAGAAAGUGCCAGUGGUCGGUGUGAGAGGUGUGACAAGAGCUGCAAGGCAUGCCGAGGCCCACAGCCCACAGACUGCCAGUCUUGUGACACCUUUUUCUUCCUGCUGCACUCCAAGGGGCAGUGUCGUCGUACUUGCCCUGAGCACUACUAUGCAGACCAGCGCUCACAGACCUGUGAGAGGUGCCAUCCAACUUGUGACCAGUGUGAAGGAAAGGGGGCAUUGAAAUGCUUGUCCUGUGUGUGGAGCUACCAUUUCCAGAAAGGAAUUUGUAUGCCGGAUUGUGUUGUUGGGGAAUACAGAGACAGAAAGGGAGAAAAUUUUAACUGUAAAAAGUGCCACGAGAGCUGCGAAGAGUGCAAAGGACCCGGGGCCGAGAACUGCACGGUGUGCCCAGCUGGCCUGCUGCUGCACGUGGAGGACAGCCGCUGUCUCCACUGCUGCAAUGCUUCCCACCCCCACAGAUCCCGGGACUGCUGUGACUGCCGGAGCUCCACAGGCCUUCCACCGGAGGAAUGCAUCCUUCCAGUCAGCGAGGCUGUGUCCUCGGAGCGCACCAAGACUGCCCUGCUGGUGACCUCAGGAGCCAUGCUGCUGCUGCUGCUGGGGGCCGCUGUGGUUGUGUGGAGGAAGUCCAGAAGCCGACCUGAGGCAAAGGGGCGCUACGAAAAGCUGGCAGAACCCACUGUGUCAUACUCCUCCUACAGGAGCAGUUAUCUCGACGAGGACCAGGUGAUUGAGUACAGGGACCGGGACUAUGAUGAAGAUGAUGAGGAUGACAUUGUCUACAUGGGCCAAGAUGGCACUGUCUACCGGAAGUUCAAGUAUGGGCUGCUGGAUGAGACGGAAGAUGAUGAGCUGGAGUAUGAUGAUGAGAGCUACUAUCAGUAAACAGAGCUCCUCCAUCCCCCACCCCUUUCCUGGUCCCUGUGGCUGUCAGCCCUUCUGGGAGCUACUAACUCAUUGGCUGAGGUUCGAGUGUUUUGUGCUUUGUCCUAACCUUGCGUCCAACCUGAAUGUGGAGGAACCCUGGAGUCUGCUGUGCUGCUUUUGACUAGCCGAGUGCAAUGAACAAAUCUUGCAAGGGGAGACUUCAAAGGAAUUUUCCUUGAGGGUAUGUCAAGACCUUAAAAAAGAGGAGAGAUCUGUUGAAGACUUUUACAUGAUUUUUCAGAGUGGAUGGGGCAGAGGACCUGUAGGGGUUCUGCUCUCAAGCGGUACUUGGAGGCCCCCAGCUACCUUCAGGAAUUCUGAGAGUUGCUGGGGCUGGGGUGGCAGGUCUGUUCCCUUUCAAUUGUGUUUUAAACAAACAAACAAAAAUCUGUAAAGACAAAGAAAGGGGGCUUGCAGUUUCUUUCAGCCCCUGGGGAGCGGAAAAGACCAUCUCUCCUGUGACCGCUCAACCCCCUUCUUAAAUGAAUAAUUAGUAGGCUCAUAGCUUACAGACCUUGCGCUCCUCUGCAGAAACCCAGAACCCUAACACUCCAAGGGCAGAGAAAGCUUAGGUGGAGAGCAGGCAGCGCCAAGUCCACAAGGAAGGAAACUGUUUCCAAGAGUCUCACCCUUGUGAUUUUCUAAAAGCUUUUUCGGUAGGAAAGAAUAAAAGAAACAUUGUAAUAAUAAGCUAACACAAAAGACAAAAAUUCCAUAUGCUCUUAAUAAUAAUAAUAAUAAUAAUAAUAAUAAUAAUAAUAAUAAUAAUACUUUAACUACAGAGCAAAGCAUUCAUCAAUGAAUCAUCAAACGAGUUUGGCUCUCCAUAAGAAAAGGCGGGUGUAUAGCCUAAAUUUUAAAAAAUUCCCAUCAUGCUGUUCACAGGCUGCAAUCAAGCUGCAAUCAAGCUGCAAACAGCUGUCCAGCUCUCUUCAGUCCUAUGGUUUGUUUUGUUUUGUUUUGUUUUGUUUUGUUUUGUUUUGUUUCUGGGCUUCAUAAACUCUUUUCCACUCUGGUCAAGAGUGUUCUUAGAUUACACAGCUGUGGCACUUUUUCUGCAGAUGGUAAUUCACAGGGAGGGCCCCGAGUGCAAAAUGACACAAGCGUUUGUCAUCGUGAAGCUCCUUGUCAUUGGCAGUGCUACGUGUGAAACACCAAAAAGUGAGAGUGACACCAUCAGAUGAUGGCAGUCAUAAUAAAGUGAGUUGCACACCUGCCGCACACCAGGCGAUUAAUGUAUCUCACAUCCUUCCUAUGUAACAACUCUACCGGAUGAUGCAGCGCACCUCUGGUUGUUUGUUUUUUAAAGGCUUAUUUAGUGUUUAUACAGCAUCCUACCUGCAUACUGGAUCUUACUAUCGAUGGUUAUGAGGCAUCAUGUGGUUGCUGGGGAUUGAACUUAGGACCCUUGGAAGAGCAGCCAGCGCUCUUAACCUCUGAGCCAUCUCUCCAGCCCUCACUCCUGUUUUUAUAGGAGCUCUGAGGCUUCCAAAAGGCUAAGCCACUAGCUCAAGAUUGCAGACAGCUCAUUAAGGUUCAAGAAAUAAGAAUGACUUGAAAGCAUUUUAGUAACCGUUCUCCACUGACAGUGUCAAAACAACCAUCCUAAAUAUAAGAAAACUAUGUCCCUUAUUUUAUUCCAUGACAGUUAUCCUACACAGUAUGAUAACGUGCGUGAGUGUAGAUAACAACGCCUGAUUAUGGGAGAUCACUAUGCUUGUGUUUCUUCAGAGAAAAGCCCUUAGAACACAGACCACUCAAUCGCCUCUGCCAACACUCAGGUUUCUUUUCAGGCUUUCUGAGCUAAAAAGACCCUGUCAGGACUGCUCAGACCUGCCGUGGAAACAUGUGUGGAACCAGUCCAAAAUUAACAAGCUGUGCCCCAGUAAAACUUUGUUUAUAAUCACUAAUAUUUGAAUUUCAGGUCAUCAUCACAUAUCAUGAAAUAACAUCCUCUUGAUGGUCAUUUAAUAUAUAUAUAUACAUAUAUGUGAAUGAGCCAGCACUGUGGUGGCACAUGCCUGUAAUUCCAGCACUCGGGGAGGCAGAGGCAGGCAGAUCUCUGUGAUAUCAAGGCCAGCCUGAUCUACAAAGUGAGUCCAGGACAGACAAGGCUACACUGAAAAAGCCUGUCUCAAAAAAUAAACAAAAAAAACAAAAACAAAAACAACAACAGGUAGCUUCAGACUCUUAAGAUAUCAUGUGUAUCACAUACACAUAGGAUAAAGUUCCCAAUUUUUGAUCAUUUAAAAUGAUCUCUUCAUGGUGGUACCGUCAGGGGUAGAGUACUUGUUAAGGAGACUAGGCAGCAGCCAGUUGCCUCUUUAGCCCCAUAAGGGUACAGUUAUCCUGGUGUGGGCUGGAGAGAGCAUGGAGGGAUACGAUCUUGGGACCUCAGGAGUGUCUCUCUGGGACCCAAGCCCAACUCUGCUGCUACAUGUGGGGGAAAAAAAAUGAUCUCUUCAAAAUACAUUUGAUUGUUUACUUUUCAGUCCUUAAGAUAGCUUUAAAGAAUUGCCGUCAUAUCAGCGGAAGAAUUCAACCCUUGCUGUAUAAUUCCAGAGUUCAACUAUAGAAACAAGUAAUUUUGACUGUAUGUGUCAUUCAACUUCCUUGAGAAUGUAGAAGCAGGCUGAGCUGCUUUCAGCAGCCUAAAGAAAAAAAAAAUUUUCCCAAGAAAAGUACCUGUGCUUAUGAGGAUGUACACUCUUACAAGAUGACUUGAAAUACCAAGAAGAGUUGUGCUCUUGCUCUUUGUGAUCCACAAAGAAAGGAACCUUGUGCCUGUGUGUGGUUAAGGCACCUAGCCUUCUGUCCUUGUAGUCAUGACACAUUCUUCUCCAACAUCCUUUAAAGUGUGUACUAACAACUGACUUAGUGCGUAAAUGUGUGGUUGAAAAACAGCUUUCAGUUUUCUGCUUGCAAAUAACUUGAAAAUGUUAAAACUAGAAAUAUGCCAGGAGAUUGAAUAAAAGUUCUCAAGAUUCAGGCUCUCUAAAAGGAAUUUUAAAUUGGAAAUAAAGUGAAAUCAAGGAAAGAUGAUGCUACAGAGACUUGCUUAUUAGUGGACUAUUUCUGAGCACUUUUAUGUGUGUAGGAUUAAGCUGUACAAAAUAAUAGAUGCAAAAACGGUAGGCGUUCUGGGUUUUGUCUUUUUCGAUCUGUGUAUCUGUGUAUCUGAGCAAGUCUUACCAUUGAUGAAUUUCCUCUCCAAUAAAUCGAUCCAGUCUGUCUUCA